CAGGGGAACAAAGUCAGCGUUGUCGUCUUCCGGAAGAACAGUUAAUACAGAAGUUAAAAAUCUCAUUUCUACUCUAGCGCAAUUUUUUUAUAUUUAAGUCUGUAGAACUUCCCUAAGGCUCUGGAGCAGGAAAAAAAAAUCAGUUUAUCUCACCUCUGUAGUGGCGAGUGAGAAUGCUACUCGUCAGUAAAAUAUGUUCAGCUAUUCUUCUAGCUGUACUCAGACUGUUGGCUGGUUUGCUACCUCUAAAAGUCCAUCGAAAACUGGAAAAAUGGAGCAGUCAAGGUGGUGGACAAAAUGGAAGCCGACGACGGGAUCGAGUAGAAAUUUUUCUCUCAAUGUUUCUCUGUUUCGGUGCUGGACUUCUGCUAUCUACUUGCUUCGUUCACAUGAUUCCAGAAGUUCGGACGUCUUUCGUUCAGGCUUCGAAGGUUGGUGAUUGGCCUUUACUGGAACUAUACCCUUUCGCAGAAGUCGUCAUCUGCAUAGGUUUCUUUGCCGUCUAUCUCCUGGAAGAGAUGGGCGAGAAAAUGAUCAAACACGAUCCACCUGAAGAAAAUGCACAUGAAAUGGAGAGGUCGAAAUCUCAAUCGUUACUCGGUUUAGAGAUUGAUGGUCAUCAACGAAGAAACAGUAACCACCACAGUCACGGAGAUCACGCUCACGCUCACGGCCCGGCAUUGUCUGCUGAAGAACAGAAAUCUGUCGCUGCGGCGAUCCGUGGAUUUCUGUUGGUAGCCGCCUUGUCAUUUCAUUCAAUUUUCGAAGGAAUGGCCAUCGGUUUGCAGCCUACACUCAGCGACGUGUGGUUUCUUUUCACGGCCGUUAUCGUUCACGAACUGGCCAUUAUGUUCUGCAUCGGGAUGGAGAUGCUAGCAUCUAAACUUCGUGUUCUCCUCUAUGUCAUUUACAUGGUUGAGCUAGGAUUAAUCACAUCGGUGGGGGUUGGUGUUGGUAUUGUUGUUACUGAAUACGUCCAUGAUCCAUCGGCUACCCACUUGCUAGUGAUUGCCAUUUUACAGGGUAUCGCUGCUGGUACGCUUCUCUACGUCACGUUUCUUGAAGUUCUGGAACGUGAACGCCAUAAGCCGGGUAACGGUCUAGCUAAACUGUUGGCCAUCGCCAUCGGAUUUUUCCUCCUCACUGUCAUGGAGACCUUAACUGGACAGCACGAUCCUGUUACGACUAACAGUACGGCCUUACCUAUGAAUAGCUCCAUCGUUCUAGAAGAGAAGCCGUUUGAUGUGUCACUUAUUCUGAACGCCACCUUGUCGUAGCAAAUUUUGCAGCGACUCUGAAACGGCCGGCUUUGAAUGAACUGGAACUAAAUGAAAUGUAAACUUCGUAUAUUGUAUGUUAGGCAUCCUACCUUUCGACAUUAUCCAUUGUUCUGGGCUACAAUUAGAGAAUGUUGUCCCAUGCUGUUUUAUAUGCUUUAACCUUUGUAUUCCGCUGAAGUACUUAAGGCUUAAAAAUAUGUGAAGGAUGUAUCAUUAUCUAUUAGCCACAAAAUAAAUUCUUUGAUCGGCUCUUUAAA